AUGGCGAGCGGUGAUGGAUUGUGUAACUGGCAGGAUGGAAACAGCCUAAUGGAAAGGAACGCCAAGUGGUACACAAAUCUCCAACACGUGCUGAUAGCCAAAGGGAUGCAAUUCAUUCAACAUAUUGGAUCUGGACAGCGACCCGAGUCUGACGGACAACUUCAACACACGAAGCCAGUGGUUCACAAGAAAGAUCCCUUUAAAAAAGACAAGAUCAUUAUUCAAACAGUAUCAGUGAACAUUUCGAAUAAUCACAAUGACCGAAGGGCAAAGUUUAGUGAAGGAAUGGAACGAUUGAUUAUAGUUGAUGAUCCCGAAAAAGAAGAUCUGUCCGUGUCCGAAGGAACCAACAACAACAACUACGGGAACACGGAGCUGAUUCUGGACAUCGCCAAGCACACACAAAUGCAGGCCGUCUUGGCGGACUGGUGCCACUCAUCAGAGAACAAAAAACUGCCUGAACUGCUUCACAAGAAUGACUUUACAUUCACGGGUAAUCAAUGGUGGUAUUCCCUCUGA